ACCCUAAAAAACCUCCCAAAAAUCCUCCGCGAGGCUGAAAGGAGCCUUUUCUGCAACUUUUCGCCCUUUAAUCCGGAUACAUGUCGCUGCUUUUUAACCGUUUCUCUUCUAUUGUUUGCACGUGAGCGAGUCCACGUGGUGUGCACGCGCGUGUGAUCAGCGUGUGUAUCUGUGUGUGUGUGUUUACACACACGGGUCAGUCCAGGAGAAGAAGCGUGAGACGCUGCACGUCGGUUCUGUUCUGUUCUUCACGAGCUCUUCUGCACGAUCAGGUGUCAUGGCGGAGCGGGUCCUGGUGGUGGGGGGAGGGGGGCGGGAGCACGCCCUGGCCUGGAAGCUGGCCCAGUCCCCCAGAGUCCAGGAGGUCCUGGUCGCCCCCGGCAACGCUGGCACGGCAACCGGAGCCAAGAUCCGCAACUCUGAGGUGUCGGUGAGCAACCACGCCAUCCUGGUGCAGUUCUGUAAAGACCACCAGGUGGGGCUGGUGGUGGUGGGGCCGGAGGCGCCGCUGGCGGCGGGCAUGGUGGAUGACCUGACGGCGGCUGGAGUGCCUUGCUUCGGGCCGUCGGGCAGCGCGGCGCAACUGGAGGCCAGCAAGGCCUUCGCCAAGGCCUUCAUGGAGCGGCGGGGGAUUCCCACCGCCAGAUACGGCGAAUUCCAGGACGCCGGGGAGGCCUGCGACUUCAUCAGGAAGGCGGAGUUCGAAGCCCUGGUGGUUAAAGCCAGCGGCCUGGCAGCGGGGAAGGGCGUCGUCGUGGCAACGGACCGAGACGAGGCCUGCAGGGCCGUGAUGGACAUUAUGAAGGACGGGGCGUUUGGCGCUGCUGGAGACACCGUGGUGGUCGAGGAGCUGCUGGAGGGAGAGGAAGUCUCUCUGCUGUGCUUCAGCGACGGCCGCUCCGUCUCCCCCAUGCCUCCAGCCCAGGACCACAAGAGGCUGCUGGACGGCGACCGGGGGCCCAACACGGGGGGCAUGGGGGCCUACUGCCCCACCCCACAGGUGAGCCCAGAGCUGCUGGAGGAGCUCACCCAGUCGGUGCUGCAGAGGGCGGUGGACGGCAUGAGGGAGGAGGGCUCUCCCUACGUCGGUGUGCUGUACGCUGGGCUGAUGCUCACCAAGCAAGGCCCGAAGGUUCUGGAGUUCAACUGCCGCUUCGGAGACCCCGAGUGUCAGGUGCUGCUGCCCCUCCUCCAGAGCGAUCUCUAUGAUGUCAUCCUCCACACCCUGAGCGGCCGCCUCUCCUCCCACCCGCCCGUCUGGCGCCACGACGUUGCCGCGGUGACCGUCGUCAUGGCGAGCGCCGGCUACCCCGGCGCCUACGAGAAGGGCGUGGCCAUCACCGGUCUCUCGCAGGUGGAAGAAUCGGGUGCGCUGGUUUUCCACGCCGGCACGGCGCUGCGGGGCGGGGCCGUGGUGUCGUCCGGCGGCCGGGUGCUCACGGUGACGGCGGUGCGCCCCACACUGGAGGCGGCGCUGGCGGCAGCCAAUCAGGGUGUGGCGGGCGUCGGCUUCCCCGGCGCCGCCUUUCGCCGCGACAUCGGGCACCGGGCCGUGGCCUUCCUCAAGAACCAGCGCAGCAGGGGAGGAGCCUAUAAGGAGAGCGGGGUGGACGUCGCCGCCGGCAACAAGCUGGUGGAGCUCAUCAAGCCUCUGGCCAAGGCCACGGCCAGGCCCGGCUGCACGGCGGAGCUGGGAGGCUUCGCCGGCCUCUUCGACCUGAAAGCCGCCGGAUUCGUGGACCCCAUCCUGGUUUCUGGGACCGACGGCGUCGGCACCAAACUCAAGGUGGCCCAGGCGUGCGGCCGCCAUGCCGGCCUGGGCCAGGACCUGGUGGCCAUGUGCGUGAACGACGUCCUGGCCCAGGGCGCAGAGCCGCUCUUCUUCCUGGACUACUUCUCCUGCGGGAAGCUGGACCUGGGCGUGGCGGCGGAGGUGGUGGGGGGCGUGGCCAAAGCCUGCCAGGCCGCCGGCUGCGCCUUGCUGGGCGGCGAGACAGCGGAGAUGCCGGGAGUGUACGCCCCGGGCGAGUACGACCUGGCCGGCUUCUGCGUGGGUGGGGCCGAGCGGGCGGCGCUCCUCCCCCGCCGUAUCACCGUCAUCACCGAGGGCGACGCCCUCAUCGGGGUGGCCUCCUCCGGUCUCCAUAGCAACGGCUUCAGCCUGGUGAGGAGGAUACUGGAGGGGGCGGGGCUUAGCUACGACUCGCCGGCACCGUUCGGGGACGGAAACCAGACCAUCGGCGACGUGUUGCUGACGCCCACUAAGAUCUACAGCCGGACGCUGCUGCCGGCGCUGCGCGGCGGCGCUGUCAAAGCCCUGGCUCACAUCACCGGGGGAGGCCUGCUGGAAAACAUCCCCCGGGUGCUUCCUCAACAACUGGCAGCAGAGCUCGAUGCCUCCCUGUGGCCCCGCCCUCCGGUCUUCUCCUGGCUGCAGCAGGUGGGCGGGCUCAGCGAGGACGACCUGGCCCGGACCUUCAACUGCGGCCUGGGCGCCGUGCUGCUGGUCGCCGCGGGCGACGCCCCUGCUGUGCUGCGCCAGGUCCGAGCCCAGGGAGAGGACGCCUGGCUCGUGGGCACGCUGGCAGCCAGGCAGCCCGGAGGCGAACAGGUGACGGUGCGAAACCUGAUCCCCGCUGUCGCCGGGGGCGACGGUCACCACGGCAACGGAGCAACGCCGCCGCACAAGAGGACCAGGGUGGCCGUGCUCAUCUCCGGGACGGGCACCAAUCUGCAGGCGCUGAUGGACCAGGCCCGCCUGCCGUCCAGCUCGGCCGAGAUCGUAGUGGUCGUCUCCAACCGGCCGGGCGUCCAGGGCCUCAAGAGGGCAUCGCUGGCAGGCAUCCAGACCCGGGUGGUGGACCACAAGCUGUACGGCAGCAGAGCGGAGUUCGAGGCCGCCAUCGACGGCGUCCUGGAGGAGUUCGGGGUCCAGCUCGUCUGUCUGGCCGGGUUCAUGAGGGUCCUGACCGGGGGCUUCGUCAGGAAGUGGACUGGUAAGCUGCUGAACAUCCACCCAUCCCUGCUGCCGUCCUUUAAGGGCGUGAACGCCCAGCAGCAGGCGCUACAGGCGGGGGUCCAGGUCUCCGGCUGCACUGUCCACUUCGUCUCCGAGGAGGUUGAUGCUGGAGCCAUCCUGGUCCAGGAAGCGGUCCCGGUUCUGCCCGGCGACUCGGAGCAGAGCCUGUCGGAGCGAAUCCGACAGGCAGAGCACCGGGCCUUCCCCCGGGCCCUGGAACUGGUCUGCAGCGGGGCCGCCCGGCUCGGGGAGCAAGGCAGGGUGGUCAGGGAGUAGAACCAAUGCACCAACAUGUAAAUCUAAGAUCAGAGUCUGGAAAUAAAACCUGCAUGAGAUCACGACUAAUGACUGCUGCUUGUUUUUAAUACUAAUAAUCCUAAACAAUGCAUAUUUUUGAUCUGUGACACCAGGUGGUAUUUUGUUGAAACAUUGUCAAGAAUUCUCCUUAAAUGUGAGAUUUUCAUGGAAAUAGAU